GCACAAACCGGCCGGAGCAGAUUGCAGAAUCAAAGGGCUGCUUUGAACCAGCAGAUCCUGAAAGCCGUGCGGAUGAGGACAGGAGCAGAAAACCUUCUGAAAGCAGCCACGAACCACAAGGUGCGGGAGCAAGUGCGCUUGGAGCUCAGCUUCGUCAACUCAGACCUGCAGAUGCUCAAGGAAGAGCUGGAGGGGCUCAACAUCUCAGUGGGAGUCUAUCAGAGCACAGAGGAGGCAUUUACGAUUCCCCUGAUUCCUCUUGGCCUGAAGGAAACCAAAGAUGUUGACUUUUCAGUCGUCCUCAAGGAUUUUAUCCUGGAACAUUACAGUGAAGAUAGCUAUCUAUAUGAAGAUGAAAUAGCAGAUCUUAUGGAUCUGAGACAAGCUUGUCGCACGCCCAGCCGAGAUGAGGCCGGGGUUGAACUGCUGAUGACUUACUUCAUCCACCUGGGUUUUGUUGAGAGUAGAUUCUUCCCACCCACCCGACAGAUGGGACUCUUGUUUACCUGGUAUGACUCCUUCACUGGAGUUCCAGUCAGCCAGCAGAACCUCCAUCUGGAGAAGGCCAGCAUUCUGUUUAACAUCGGAGCCCUUUAUACCCAGAUCGGGACACGGUGCAACAGGCGGACACAAGCUGGGCUGGAAAGUGCUGUGGAUGCCUUCCAGAGAGCUGCAGGUGUUUUAAACUACCUGAAAGAAACAUUUACUCAUACCCCGAGUUAUGACAUGAGCCCCGCCAUGCUCAGCGUGCUUGUCAAAAUGAUGCUCGCACAAGCCCAAGAAAGCGUGUUUGAGAAAAUCAACCUUCCUGGGAUCCGGAAUGAGUUCUUCAUGCUGGUAAAGGUGGCUCAGGAGGCUGCCAAGGUGGGAGAGGUGUACCGGCAGCUGCACACAGCUAUGAGCCAGGCACCAGUGAAAGAGAAUAUCCCCUAUUCCUGGGCCAGCCUGGCCUGUGUGAAGGCCCACCACUAUGCAGCCCUGUCCCACUACUUCACCGCCACCCUCCUCAUCGACCACCAGUUGAAGCCUGGUGCCGAUGAGGACCAUCAGGAGAAGUGCCUGUCACAGCUCUAUGACCACAUGCCAGAGGGGCUGACGCCGUUGGCCACACUGAAAAACAACCAGCAGCGCCGACAGCUGGGAAAGUCCCACCUGCGCCAAGCCAUUGCCCAUCACGAGGAGUCCAUGAGGGAGGCCAACCUGUGCAAGAAGCUGCGCAGCAUCGAGGUGCUCCAGGAGGUGCUCUCUGCGGCACACCAGCGCUCGCAGCUCAAGUAUGCUGAGCACCAGGAAGAUGAUGACCUUCUGAACUUGAUCGAUGCUCCCGACGUUGUUUCUAAAACUGAGCAAGAGGUUGAAAUUAUAUUGCCCCAGUUCUCUAAGGUGACAGCAACAGACUUCUUCCAGAAGCUGGGUCCCUUGUCUGUGUUUUCGGCUAACAAGAGGUUGACACCUCCUCGAAGCAUUCACUUUACUGCAGAAGAAGGGGACUUGGGGUUCACCUUGAGAGGGAACAGCCCAGUUCAAAUUUACUUCCUGGAUCCUAACUGUUCUGCCGCACUGGCAGGAGCCAAGGAAGGAGAUUAUAUUGUUUCCAUUCAAGAUGUGGAUUGUAAGUGGCUGACAGUGAGUGAGGUUAUGAAACUGCUGAAGGGCUUUGGCGAGGACAAGAUUGAGAUGAAGGUCGUGAGCCUCCUGGAUUCCACUUCAUCCAUGCAUAAUAAGUGUGCCACCUACUCAGUGGGAAUGCAGAAAACUUACUCCAUGAUCUGCUUGGCCAUAGAUGAUGAUGAUAAAACUGAAAAAACCAAGAAAAUUUCAAAAAAGCUUUCCUUUUUGAGUUGGGGCACCAAUAAGAACCGACAGAAGUCAGCCAGCACCUUGUGUCUCCCGUCGGUUGGGGUCGUAAGGCCUCAAAUCAAGAAGAAGCUCCCUUCUCCUUUCAGCCUUCUCCACUCUGACAGUUUUUUGUACUAACGUGAAGAAACAAAUGUUUAGGCCCAGAACGUUUCCGGUGCUGACUAAAAUUUCUGCCAUAAUGGAAAAUUUCUAAAUAUUCUCAAAUCCCAUUUUCUCAGCAGUAAGUUUUUGCAUUUGAUGUGUUUUUAUGAAUGGAAGUAACAGAAACCUCUAGAAAUUUGUGGAAAACAAACUUAUUUGAAGUGUCACUAUAUUGCUGCAAGUUAUUUAUUAUAUAAUGUAUUGUAAAUAGAACAGUGUUGAAAAUAUGACUGUUUUUAAUGGUUACAAUUAUGACUUUCAGUCACUAUUAAAUUGGGGUUACCUAUAUUAGUACUAUUUGUCAAAGUUCCCAGGUUUGGGUAAUAACCAUUCCUUAUAAUCUAGAAUUCAGAUGACCCCUGACUUAAGGCAGGUCAGAAGACUAGGAUAGAAUUAAAUUAACUAAAAACUUCCAAAGAGCUGCUUCCUAAUGGGAAUUUAUUAACUAAAAUGACAGGAUUUAAAUAUUUCUACACAAUAUGAAUGCUAUUUCCAGAUAAACUCUAGUGCCAAAUUUGUUUUAUUAAAUAACAAUUUAGGAGCAGCUUUUCUUCUAGUUUGAUGUCAUUUAAAAGUUGCUAACACAGUGGCAGUGUUAGAGGAAGAUGCUGUCUACAAGGUAGAUAAUAUACUGUUUGAUACUCAAAACAUUUUUCAUUUUGUUUAAGUAGAAAGUACAUAAUUGUAUAUUUUAAGACUCGGGUAAAAAAGGGGUUUUAUAUUUUACAAGGUAGAGAUGUAAAUGAUUCAAGUUUAAAGCUCUAUUUGACUUUCUUACCAACUGAUUUCGCUUGCUAUAAGUUGGAUGACACAGUGACUAAUAAGAUUCACUGUUGACAUAGUACAAGUUACAUAGCUAAAAAAUAUAGCAUGAAAUCUAAUUCUGAGAAUUAACUGGAAUUUAAAUAUUUUCUAUUGUGCAAUAUCUUAAGGGAACCACCUUUGGAAAAGUGUAUCCACUGCUCCUUGGGCCAAAGUUCUAUAAAUAUUUAAAUAAACACAUUCAUUUACCUGAAA